CUUCACAACCUCGUACAACCCAACUGGCAAUUAUACCCGUAGGAAACAAGACGGAUUCGCUUUCGCCGCCGCGCGAAAGAGAGAGAUGGGGAAGAAUCAAGCAGUAGCCGAUACAAGCAGAGCCAAAAAAGCCCCCCUAAAGGGUUCGCAGACCAAGAAGAACCGCAAGUCUGCUUCAGGAAGUGCUGAGAGAAUUGUAAUUGUCAAUGACGACGAGCUCGAGACCGCCGCGGUACUAUCUAAUGGCACCGAAUCGGAGAACGGAGACCUAAGAGGCUCUGAACAGGAAGAAGAUGAUGCAGAGGAAUACGAAAACGGAGACAUUGAGUUUCUUUGUGAUGAGAAAACAAGUAAUACUGACGAGAAAAAAGCAGAGGCUAAUAGCAAUGGGAAUGGCCAGAAAACGGGCAAAAAUUGCGCUAAGACGAGAGGCAACAAGAAAGAGAAUCAGAGCGAGAGAGUAGUGAAUAAAUCGAAGAGCAAAGCAGGUACAUCUCAACAAACUACGAAUGCCCAAAAUAGCAAAGCUAAAAAGAAUGCAAAUCAUGGCGUAGAGCUGACGAAAAAUGGGAAGAAUGAGAAGGAAAAGAAGCUUGAAGGGAACAAAGGCGAGAUCUUUAAAUCGGGAAAGAGCAGUAGUAUGAAGAAGAAUGAGAAAAGCAGCACGGAGGAGAGUAAGGCAAACACAAAGAAUACUCCAAGAAAGGGAAAAAGCAAUGGAGAUGCGGAGAAGAUGAAGAAGGGGAAGGAGAGGGUUGAAGAGGAUGAGGAGGUUAGUGUAAAAGUAGCUAAAAAAGCUAAGGGUAGUAGCACUAGUGGUGAUAAGAGCCCAUCAAGCACAGAGAAGAAUGGAAAAAAAGAGAAAGAAAAGAAGAGCGAAGGGAACAAAGAUGUGAUCUUGAAAACGGGAAAGACCAGUAGUAUGAAGAAGAAUGAGGAAAGCGGAAGCGUAGAGAGUAAUGGAAACACAAAGGGUACUCCAAGAAAGGGAAAAAGCAAUGGAGAUGAGGAGAAGAUGCAGAAGAGGAAGGAUAGGGUUGAAGAGGAUGAGGAGGUUAGUGGAAAAGUAGCUAAAAAGGCGAAGGGUAGUAGCACUAGUUGUGGUAAGAGCCCAUCAAAAACAGAGAAGAAUGGGCCAAUCAAGAAGAAAGAAAACUUGGCGGAAGAAAAUGAAGAGGGUAGAGGAACAGUUGUAGCAAAAAAGGUAAAGAGUAAUGGACAGACUAGAGGGAACACGGAUACUGUGGAGAAAAAGGAUAUAAAAGAUGAAAAGAAAGUAGAAAAUGGGGAAACUAAAGUCUCCCAGUCCAACAGGAAAACGAAGGAUGAAGAUGAGCAGGACGGUGACGAGGAGGAUGUUAAGUGUGAGAGUACAUUGUAUAAAUUUCCAAUGAGUCGAAUCGCUAGGAUAAUAAAAAGUGAAGUCUCUGAUGCCAAACUUUCCCAAGAGGCAACUUUUGUUAUCAAUAAAGCUACGGAAAAGUUUCUUGACCUAUUAUGCAAGGAGGCUUAUGCUUGUGCUUUUUUGGAUCAUAAGCCUUACGUUGGAUAUGACCAUCUAUCCUCAGCUAUAUGCAAAAGGAAGAGAUUCGAGUUUCUUUCAGAUUUUGUACCUGAAAGAAUCAAAGCUGAGUUGGCUCUAGCAGAUUUAGAAAAACUUGGUUAGAUCAGACCAGACAGAUUCCGGGAUAUUCGGUCUACAAGAAAACUACAGUUUUGCUCUCCUUGUGUACUGCUCCAGUAUGUCUCUUCUAAGAGAUGAUAUGUGGUGACCGGAGAAGGUUCUAUUGUAAGCCUAGUUCACGAAAUUAUAACUAGAAGAUAGUAUGUAGCUCAUCUUCUAUAACCAUCAUCAAUACAUAAAUGGACUCACUAACAACUGAUAGGGGAUGUUUGCUGAUGCUUCAUCGUGAAUGUUGAAGUAGCCGUUAAAUCAUUUCAAGUUUCAACCAUUUGGUGAUCUAUCAGACUAUCUCACGUUUAGGCCUAAUUUGGUUGAAAUUGCCUUUCAAGAAACCUCAUUAAAAAG